GUGCACUGUCAAUGCUAUUCCUAGUUACAUUCAGCAUGUGGGCGAUAGUAUCAUCCCAAUCUAGUGUGAAUCUCUACCCAACAACUUUCCAGCUAUAUUAGUCCAGAUAGUAAACGAAUAGGGACAAACAAAAAACAAGUGUUCUCUACUCUCAUCUCUUUCUUUACAAAAUACACAUCCGUGAGUAAUGCCCCAAGUUCUUAUCCUCACUCGAGCACUUGAAAACCUUUUUUCCAUAUAAAUUAUGACAUGCCGGUAAAAGCAGAUUCCGAACAUAGAACCCCAUAAAUCAAGCAACAAUUGUCAACCCUGAAGUCAGAUCAAUAGAGGUUGACUUGAUCCUGAGACCUAAACACUAAACCGAUAAAACCGGAAUCUAAACCGGAUAGUUUGAUCUCCUUACUUUUAUAAUUAAAACUGUGUAACUAAUAAAGGACACCCACGAAAUGCCAAUAUCUCUUCUCUAUCCUCUAACCUCUGCGCGCAAGAUCGUUCCACUAUGCUCGCCCGUGACUCUAAUGGUCUGUGACUGUAAUGCAUCUCUCUCCAUUUUUUAAUUUUAAUUCCCGCUUUAAAAAAAAAACAAUUCCUCAAAAUUUUAAUUCAUUUCCAUAUAUACACAUCGUUCUCUAAUGGCAUAUUCUGUCUCUUAAUCAUCGCCAUGUCCUCCACUCUCAUCCUUCUCUUCUCUCUCUUCCUCUUAGCCUUUCCCUCCACCUCCUCCCGUCCCCACCAUCACCACCACAACUCUCCUCCGCUCAAUCCCUCCUCGUCUACUGCCUCUCAGAUCCGUCUCGCCUGCAACGCAACUCGUUACCCCGACCAAUGCCUCUCUUCACUAUCCCAACCAGGUCUUGUCCCUCCGGAUCCCACCCCACCUCAGAUCAUCCACUCAGCGAUCUCCGUCUCUUUCAAAAACCUCGAAACAGCUCAGUCCAAACUCAAGUCUAUCCUGGACGCGUCCGUAGGUAACCUAAACCGCACCAACGCCGCGAACACGUGCCUCGAGCUGCUCUCUUACUCCAAACGCCGCACCCUAUCGGCGGAUCACGCUCUGACACGUGGCCGAAUCAAAGACGCUCGCGCUUGGAUGAGCGCUGCUCUCGUUUACCAAUACGACACAUGGUCAGCGCUCAAGUACGUCAACGACACAACCCAAGUCGGAGAAACGAUGUCGUUUCUCGACGGAGGGCUCCUCCACGUCACCAGUAACGCGCUCGGCAUGAUGGUAUCGUACGAUAACUUCGGAGACAAGUUAGCGUCGUGGACUCCUCCAAGAACGGAGAGGGACGGGUUCUGGGAGAAGACUGGGCCGGGUAUGGGCUCGGAUCCGGGUACUUUGGGUUUCCCUUCCGGUUUAAAAGAAGACGUCACGGUCUGCAAAACCGGGAAAUGCCGUUACAAGACGGUUCAAGAGGCCGUUAACGCGGCGCCUGAUAACAACGGAGUGCGCAAGUUUGUUAUAAAGAUUAGCGAAGGAGUGUAUGAAGAGACCGUUAGGGUUCCGUUUGAGAAGAAGAACGUGGUCUUCAUCGGAGACGGCGUGGGCAAAACGGUCAUUACAGGAUCUUUGAACGCCAGGAUGCCCGGGAUGAGCACGUUCAAAUCUGCAACUGUCGGAGUCAUGGGAGAUGGUUUCAUGGCUCGUGAUAUAACGUUCCAAAACGCGGCGGGACCAGAGGGUCACCAAGCGGUUGCGUUUAGAUCCGACAGCGACUUCUCUCUGCUUGAGAACUGUGAGUUCCUUGGGAACCAAGACACACUCUAUGCACAUGGUCUCCGUCAGUUUUACAAAAAAUGCCGUAUCCAAGGGAACAUUGACUUUAUCUUUGGAAACUCAGCUUCAGUUUUCCAAGACUGUGAGAUCCUUAUCGCGCCGCGUCAAGUGAACCCCGAAAAGGGCGAGAAAAACGCUGUCACUGCACAUGGAAGAAUUGACCCGACGCAGUCAACGGGAUUCGUGUUCGUGAACUGUUUGAUAAACGGGACGGAGGAGUACAUGAAACUGUAUAAAGCUAACCCUAAGGUGCAUAUAAACUUCUUGGGGAGACCGUGGAAAGAGUUCUCGAGGACUGUCUUUAUAGGCAGCAAUAUGGAGGCUUUGAUAUCUCCUGAUGGUUGGUCACCGUGGGGCGGGGAUUUUGCUCUUCAGACGCUGUAUUAUGGAGAGUUUAAGAACACGGGUUUGGGAUCAGAUAGGUCACGGAGGGUUUCGUGGAGCAGCGAGAUACCAGAAGAGCAUGUUCAUGCGUACUCGGUGGCUAACUUUAUUCAAGCUGAUGAGUGGCCUUUGAUGUCUGGUUGAAUCGAGUCAGGAAUAAAGGAAAAGCUUUAUAAGAAGUUUAACCAUUGUACUUUAGUUGAGAACAUUUAUAACACGACCCAAAAAUAUAAAACUUUGUAUUCAUGUUAGUUUAUAUUAAUUGAAAGUUUAGAACA